AUGGGUGCAGGGGCUUCCAGUAAAGCUCUUUUUGAUGUCGUGUGUGCAAAUGAUGGAAAGAAAGCAUCGGAAGCUCUCAAGAAAGGAGCAGAUGUGAACGCUGUUGCAAGAGAACUAGAGAGAUUGGGUUGGACGUUGGUAAAUGAGGAAAUGUAUGAGAAAGUGACGAUCAUUUACGAUGUUGAGGUGGCGUUGGGAUGGUAUGGUAGUGCGUGUGGUCUUCCAUCAGCGUUGCAAGUAGCAUGUGCUGAUUCAUCGAUUGAGAUGGUAGACUUGCUGCUACAAAAUCAAGCAAACAUAAACUAUCAUGAGGAAUGGCUUGGACGGACAGCUCUGCAUUAUGCUUGUCGGCAUGGUCAUUUGUCUGUUGUGGAGAAAUUAUUGUCAGCAGGUUGUAAGAAAGAAGCAAGGGAUAAAGCUGAAAGAACAAUAAGGCCAAUGCAUGUAGGUUACAACGAAACAAUGAAGCAACGAGAGAGAAUAUUGGUGAAAGUGUUGUAA